GGUCUCAUUGCUGCUCUCAUGCUGACUCAUUUUCUAUUGAGGAGCAGUGAUUGUUUCUUCUAUAUGUCAGAGACCUCGCAGGAAGAGAGAGGAGCGCAAUGUGACCUUGCAGACUGAACCUCCAAAUGACAUGGAGGGAGGGGCUGUGACCACUCAGGAGAAUGGACCUCUGCUUGUUGUCAUCCAGAAUGGGGCUGGGCCCACUAUACAGAAUGGAUAUGUGCCCAUUGUAGAAUAUGGACCGGAUCACAACCAAGCAAGUCCAAGUACUUGACAGAUCAGAAGAGAAUGCAGAGCAUGAAGGUUUGA